UAAAAUUACGACCACUUUUCCAACCAGACGAGCAUCGUUCAAAGUCCAAGGUUAUAUAACCGAAGCGUAAAAGUGAACCGUUUCUAUUUGAAAGUAUACGUGCAUGUUAUUUUCAACUGUUUUAAACUUUUAUCUUUUAUAGCAUAUAACUAGUGAUAUGGCGGAAGCACAUUCAGCUGUAGCAUUUAGUUUUUCUAUUACUCAUGAGGGAUGGGAUGUUAAUUUUGAUAGAGAAGUUUUACAUUUAGUAUGGCAAUCAGGUAUCCGUUCUUGGAAGAAAAGAUUUUUUAGAUUUGUUAAUAACUUGAGAAGUGGUGUAUACCCUGCCUCCUUAGAAAGUUUAUGGUUCACUAUAGCUUUGGUAACUGCAAUACAUUUUGCUGGCUACAAAGUACCUUAUGACCUUGUUGAAAAAGCUGCACCAUAUCUUUCAGGAUCUUCAAUAUUAGCACACUUAGCAGGAUCAUUUAUAGUUGGGUUGUUUUUGUGGUUGAUAGUAAUAUAUAUAAUGCGUUACAUCUUGAAGUUAUUACUUAUGUACAAAGGAUGGAUGUAUGAGUCAAGAGAAAAAAGGUCCAAUGCUUCAAGAGUUACUAAGUUGUGGUCCACAUUAGUGAAGUUGUUCUUUGGAUGGCACAAACCAAUGCUGUAUAGUUUUCAAGGAUCAUUGCCACGACUGCCAUUACCCUUAGUGGAAAAUACAAUGAAACGGUACCUACGCAGUGUUCGACCAUUACUUGACGAUAAAAAUUAUUCUCGAAUGGAGACAUUGGCAAAUGAGUUUCAAAGAGGCAUUGGUGUGAAGCUUCAACGUUAUUUGAUUUUAAAAUCUUGGUGGGCCACUAAUUAUGUUUCUGAUUGGUGGGAAGAAUAUGUUUAUUUACGUGGGCGAUCUCCUAUCAUGGUGAAUUCAAACUUUUAUGGUAUUGAUGCGAUUCUUAUGUAUCCUACUCAUGUACAAGUUGCCCGUGCUGCAAGUGUUAUUUAUUCGUGUCUGCAGUAUCGACGACUCAUUGAACGCCAAGAAUUAGAACCGAUAUUAAUUCAAGGUUUGGUGCCUCUCUGUUCAUGGCAAUACGAAAGACUAUUCAAUACUACAAGAGUGCCAGGGCUUGAAACAGAUAAAAUUGUACAUUAUCAGGAUUCUAAACAUAUUGUUGUAUAUCACAAGGGAAAAUAUUUCAAGGUCCUUAUUUAUCACAAAAGCAGAAUCCUUCAAGCUUGUGAAAUUGAAAUACAAAUGCAACAAAUUUUAGAUGAUAAAUCAGAACCAUCAGAAGGUGAAGAGAAAUUGGCUGCUUUAACAGCUGGUGAAAGAACUGCAUGGGCAAUAGCUAGAGAAGAAUUUUUCUCGAAAGGAGUAAAUAAAGCAUCUUUAGAUCUUAUUGAAAAAGCAGCAUUUAUAGUUGCACUAGAUGACGUACCAUAUGUAUACGAUCCAGAAGAUCCAGAUAAAUUAGAUCAAUAUGGUAGAAUUUUAUUGCAUGGUAAAGGAUAUGACAGAUGGUUCGAUAAAUCAUUUACUUUAUGUAUAGGAAGUAAUGGCAGAACUGGCUUUAAUGCAGAACAUUCAUGGGCUGAUGCACCUAUUAUGGGAUCUCUAUGGGAAUAUGUUAUCGCUAAUGAUGUGGAAAUGGGAUAUAAGGAAGAUGGAUAUAAUAAGGGAGUACCAGAGUUCACACCUCCACCUCCUGUUCGACUUCAGUGGGAUUUGAAUCCAAAGUGCAUAGCCGCAAUUGAAGAAUCAAACCAAGUUGCACAGAACUUAUUAAAUGAUGUCGAAUUACGUAUUUAUGUACAUGAUGCGUACGGUAAAGGGUUUAUGAAAGUUAAUUCAAUGUCACCAGAUGCAUACAUACAAAUGGCCUUACAGUUAGCGUAUUUCCGUGAUUCUGGUAAAUUUAAUUUAACUUAUGAAGCUUCUAUGACUAGACUGUUUCGGGAAGGAAGAACAGAAACUGUAAGGCCAUGUACAAUUGAAUCUACGAAUUGGGUAAAAGCAAUGGAGAGUAAAAACACAACUGUUGAGACUAAGUAUGAUUUAUUGAUGGCAGCAGCAAAACAGCAUCAAAAAGGUUAUCAAGAUGCUAUGUGCGGUAAAGGAAUAGACAGACAUUUAUUUUGUCUAUAUGUAGUAUCUAAAUAUUUAGAAGUAGACUCUCCUUUCUUAAAGGAAGUUUUAAGUGAACCAUGGAAAUUAUCUACUUCACAAACGCCACAUGGGCAAACAUCAUUAAUAAACUUGAAAAAACAUCCAAAUUGUAUCUCUGCAGGAGGUGGCUUUGGUCCUGUAGCUGAUGAUGGUUAUGGCGUUUCGUAUAUUAUUGCUGGAGAAAAUCUUAUAUUUUUCCAUAUUUCAUGCAAACGUAAUUCUCCAGAAACAAAUGCAGCUAGAUUUGCAAAACAAAUAGAAAAAGCAUUAGCUGAUAUGAAGAAUCUGUUUCUUGAAAGAAAAAAGCUGCAAACUCAAAAGAAUGGUUCUACAUAAUUAUUCUGCAGCAAAAAGAGAUGCAGUUACAGUAUACUAGUAGAAAGUUUCAAUCUUAAUCCUUUUUUUUCAAAUGUUUUAAGAUGAUCCCUUUACAUACUCAAAAUGUAUCUUUUGUAACGUUGUCUGCAGAAAAAACACUAAACAUUAAUAUUUCAUGCUCUUUAACAGCGUACAUUAAAUUUAAAAACGUACAAAGUUUAAUUAUAUUUAUUUUUAUAAUAAGCAUUUUAUGGAAAACGUUUUUGAAUGGAAAACAUUUGUAAAUUAUAGUAAUAAUGAUUAAAAAAUAUUGUCAUUAAACUUUUUAUGAAAACUAUCUUAGAAAAAAGAGAUACAUACUGCUAUUUUUAUAUUUUAUAUUACUCUCAGGAAAAUUGUUAUAAAUGAGGUUAUUGUAAAACUUAUUGAAGAUUGAGCGUUUAAUAGUAAAGUUUAGUAAACAACAUAGAGAAAAACUAAGAAACGUAGUGCGAAAUUUUCAAACAGACUGCUGUUUGAAUAGUAAAAUUGUGUAUUCAUUA